AAUUCAAAAUGGCGGAAGACGAAACGGCUGCUUCUUUUGAAAAACAGCAACAGAAGUUGCACGUAGAAGAAGAUCGCGAAGUUGGUUCAGACGAGAAUGAAGCGGAUAACAAUGAUGUGUGCGACGAAGACAUUCCCUCAGUCAGUGCAAAAGAACAACAGAGUAUCGAGGAAAAGGAGAAAGACUCCGCCGAGGAAGAUAACUCUGACAAGCCCCCUCCAGAAUUAGUGAAUUUUAGAGUCGUGUGGAAUAAAAAAAACUACGAGGUUGAGUUCGACGUGAACCAGACUGUUGAUAAACUCAAAGAACAUAUACAAAGUUUAACAGAUGCAUAAAAAGGUGUUAGACAAGGGGAAACCAGAUGAUGUAAUCCCUGGUAUUAAAAAUAGAAAAGAAAGUUUACCCAAUGUACCUUUGUCUGGCAUGUAUAAUAAGUAUGGUAGUAAAGUUAGAUUAACAUUCAAAUUAGAACUGGAUCAGCUGUGGCUUGGAACAAAAGAACGAACAGAAAAAAUACCAAUGGGAUCAAUAAAGAAUGUUAUAUCAGAGCCAAUAGAAGGUCAUGAAGAAUWUCACAUCUUGGCAAUUCAGCUGGGGCCCACAGAGGCAUCAAGAUAUUGGAUUUAUUGGGUACCAGCACAGUAUGUUAAUGCUAUCAAGGACACUAUUCUUGGCAAAUGGCAGCCUUUUUAGCUGGUUACAAGAUCAAUUAUGCAGUAAUAAAUGAGGUCGGAAGUAUAUAUAAUACCAAGAGAGUAUGGAGACAUACAAAUAAGCUUUAUCUUCAAGAUUAAUGAACUCUCGCACAGCUGACCAAGGUUUGGCAAAAUUGGUUAAAUGACCCAUAUGUUGUAGACCAUGACAUACAUCUAGCAGUUCUGUUUCUAAAGUAGGUUUUCAAUAAAUGUGAAAAAUGAAUGCCAGCAAUCUGUAUUAUUAUGAUGUUGGAACAUUGAGAUAAGCCAACAUUAGGUGAAGUAGAAUUUGCCAAUAUCCUAUUAUAAUACUGCGGCAUGAAAAUUUUUUACCUUUAUAAAACCUACUCUCAAACGAAGAAUGUUCCAUUACUUUCCUGCACUUACGUGGCCAAUGGUUACAGUUGAUGUUGGAAUUGACAAAUUUACUGAUUAUGUGAAAUAUACCAAGUUUGUGUACUGAUAAAAUUAAACCAUGGUAUCGGGUGGCUGAUAACAACUAGGUUAGUACAUAAAAUAUCCAUACUUUUAGCAAUGAGGAAGAUUACUGCUAUAGUACAUUUAAGAAUUUCAGCAGUUGUGUUCUAGGAAGUACCCCCCCACUUCUUGGAAAUUCCAGUCCAUGGAGAGGUAUGGAAAUUUCUUUAGAUUAUCACCCCACCCCACCACCAUAGGGAAGGUUGACUCUGUCAGCUAGGGAAAGGAAAGGCCUAUUGUUGUGCUAGAUUAGACUGAUAUAGAGGUUUUGCACAAUCACAUGUCCACGCCCAUAGUACAGCUUGGGCUGCCUGUGGUUGGAUGGCAGAACAAUAAAAUCCCUUUGGCCUUGGGAAUUGAAUUCUUUGUUAUGGAAAAUGAUUGUAUGGUUGCUGCCAUUCAACAUGGAUACCGACAUGUAGUGGUGCAAAACAUCUAUUCUUGGAGUGCAUGGUAAUUAUGAUGUAACGAUGAACCCCAAGAAUAGUGUCGCUUAUAGGUAUUUAUAUAAUCUGUUGGCAAAUAUAUUAAUAUUUGACUUAAUGCUACUUGGAAUGUAUUUUAAGUUCAUGUUUGUGUUCCAUCAAGCAUAUUUUCCUAAAAAUAUUAGCUUAUUGACUUAUUGGGAGGGCCGGAUGGGAAAAUAUAUUGGCUUGUUAGAGUGAGUGCAACAAAGUCUGUACAAAUUAUGACCAAGAGCCAAAUAUUUUUUCAUUUGGCUUGACCUAACUCAGUCAAUAAGCAUUUUAUCAAAUGACCCAAUUUUUGUUGUAAAAAAGGCUGAAAAAUCCUGCUAAAAUUGAUUAAUACAGUGGGCRUAAACCAAGGAGGGCCAGACACGUUUUUCGGGCCCACUUAUGCCAACCCGUCCAGCCCCCUUCACACAACUUUUUCCGAAGGUUUGUUAGCACUCAUGAGCAGGAUCGUAUGGGUCAUAUGAUAAAUGAUAUGCUCAAAGAAGAACAAACACAAACUUUGAAAUAUUUGAUAGACAGUUCUGUUUACUAAUUAUUGGAAAGAUUAUUUCUUCAAAUAAUUUGCAAUUAAAYACUUAACAGUGAAUGA